CCCAGACGAUUUCUCGAAAAAAGAGAGAAUUUGAUCACCGAGGCAGCGAAGAAGAUGAGGACACUGUGGAGCCACUUGAGUGCCAUUUCCAAUUGCAAAAUUUCUCCGAGAAUAAGAAGAAUAUCUUCAGCAAAUCUGACCUCAAAUCGAAAUCUUUCAACCAUUUCUUCUACUGAAGAUCCCGAGCUCAGAGAUUUUGUGGGUUUUUUAGAAUCUCUCAAAAACUAUGAGAAAUCAGGUGUUCCAAAAGGAGCUGGAACUGAUUCCGGUGAUGGAUUCGAUCUCAGUCGAAUGAAACGUCUCAUGCUUCGCCUCCAUAAUCCUCAUUCCAAAUACAAGGUUGUUCAUGUGGCUGGAACUAAGGGAAAAGGGUCAACUUCUGCUUUUGUCUCUAAUAUCUUACGAGCUGGAGGAUAUUCAGUUGGUUGUUAUUCGAGCCCACAUAUUUUGAGUAUCAAAGAACGUAUCUCUUGUAAUGGAGAGCCUGUCUCUGCAUCCACUCUUAAUGAUCAUUUCUAUUCAAUCAAACCGAUUCUCGAACAGUCUAUUCAAGAGGAAAAUGGUUCUUUGAGUCAUUUUGAGAUUCUCACUGGGAUAGCUUUUUCUUUAUUUGAAAAAGAAAAUGUCGACAUUGCGGUAAUAGAGGCUGGGCUAGGAGGAGCUCGAGACGCUACAAAUGUCAUUGAAAGUUCCAAUCUUGCUGCAUCGGUCAUAACAACGAUAGGUGAGGAACACAUGGCUGCUCUUGGGGGUUCCUUGGAAAGUAUCGCAGAGGCCAAAUCUGGAAUUAUUAAACACGGUCGCCCAGUGGUUUUAGGUGGGCCGUUUCUUCCUCAUAUUGAGGGCAUUCUUCGUUCUAAAGCAGCAUCGAUGUUGUCAUCGGUUAUUUUGGCAUCUAAUAUUGGAUCUAGUUCGUCAAUCAAAGGCAUCAUCAACAAAAAUGGGUUCGGGCUUUGCCAGUCCUGUGACAUCGUGAUACAAAAUGAGAAAGAUGAUAAACCAAUUGUUGAGCUUAGUGAUGUAAACCUACGUAUGCUUGGACAUCACCAGCUCCAAAAUGCUGUUACUGCCACAUGUGUGUCUCUUUGUCUUCGCGAUCAAGGAUGUGGGAGAGUGACAGAUGAAGCAAUUAGGAUUGGUUUAGAGAAUACUCGUUUACUUGGGAGAAGUCAGUUUCUGACACCAAAAGAAGCAGAGACUUUACAAUUACCCGGAGCAACAGUGCUUCUUGAUGGAGCCCACACCAAAGAAUCUGCGCGAGCUCUAAAGGAUAUGAUAAAGAAAGAUUUUGCAGAGAAGAGGAUUGUGUUUGUGAUUGCAAUGGCUAGUGACAAAGAUCAUGUGUCCUUUGCAAAAGAACUUCUCACAGGUCUAAAACCAGAAGUAGUGAUUCUAACAGAAGCUGACAUUGGUGGAGCUAAGAUUAGAUCAACGUCGUCUUCAGUGUUGAAAGAAUCAUGGAUAAAAGCUGCUGAUGAAUUGGGGUCAGGGUCUAUGGAAGCUUCAGAAAACAAAACUGUGUUGGAUUCCUUAAAGCUUGCCUACAAGAUUCUCAGCGAUGACAGAAGCAGUAGUGACUCAGGAAUGGUUAUCGCAACGGGUUCACUUCACAUCGUAUCUUCAGUCUUAGCUUCUCUUCAACAGUAAAUUAGCUUCUUUUCCCUUAUACUACUUGUGAUUAUAUUUGUGAAAUGAAAACUGAGUUUACGUAUUAUUAAACCAAUAUACAAAACAGAGAAAUCAUUUUGGAUCUUCAUGACA